UUGCCAUAAGGCUCGGAUAAAAGUGUAGUAACUGUUCUUGUUGAGGCUAACCCCUCAACACGGGUCAUACACUGGCUCGAUACUGUUCUGAUUUUUGGGUUAUUGGUGAUGGCUCAAUGGCGCUUGCGUGGUUGACUCGUUACCAGAGUGUCCUUGGUAUUACACUGUCUCCAAGUGAUGCGCACAUCUUUGUAUUUAUCAGUACAUUCAUCAUUAUGCUUUCAUUGCAUCUUGGCUGGUAUAUCCAGCGGUGCGAAGAAGGCCACUUCUGUUGGAGAUCAAUAUGGUAUUACUUUACGUUUAGAGCAGCCGAAGCUCUGGAGCGAGAGCUGUGGCGGGUUGUGGCACAUUUGUCACCACCAAACUUUUGUAGACCAGGUUUGGAUCUAUGUCGAAGUAACUCAACUCUCGCGGUUUGUCUGUUGAGGAGGAACAGCACAUUUGCAUAUCGUAGUUUGGGAAAUAAAGAAUGAAUUUGAACUGAAAUCUUGCGAUAUGCUGCACCAGAAGAAAAGUGUAGCCGUGAACGCUGGAAUACUUGAGAUAACACGGCGG